GUUAGUAACCAUAAUGAAACCAAGUUUUUAAUUUUAGCUCUAUCCAAAUUUCCACAUAAUGCUAAAAAAAACGGCAUGAUUAAAAAUUUGGGAAAAGUAUUUUCUUGCAUUUUUUUCGGAAAAUGCCAAAAUUAAAUAAUCCUCAACGUUAUGGUCUUCAGGUCCACCUAUGUUAUACUCAUGUUAAAAUUUACAAUUAUAGUCGGAAAUACCUAACAUAUCAGCUAGUUUUCAAAAUUGAUUGCUUUUUUAAAAAAGCUCAAUGUAAGAUACCAGGCAAAAAAGUCGGCAAUUUUCUAUAAUCACACUCUCUUUAUCGUAGUUUUUGUUAUUAAUAAUUGUGUAAAUAAAUAAAUAAAUAAAUUCUUUAUUUACGGACAUGCCAUUUUUACAAAGGUAGACUUAAAGUGUAGGUACACGCAAUAAUAAAUAUUUGGAAUAACAAGUAGAAAUGCAGAGACUGCAGGGGUUUGAAGACGCAAAUAUUCCACUUUUCCUGUUCAAAGUAUGGAAGUUAGUCAGCGAUCCAAACACUGACAAUGUGAUUAGUUGGAGAGAGUGUGGAAAUACCUUUAUAAUUCAUAAUCAAGGCCAGUUUUGGUAUGAUUUGCUACCCUUAUACUUCAAGCACAACAACAUGAGCAGUUUUGUUAGACAGCUGAACUAUUAUGGAUUCCACAAGGUCUCGAGCUUGGACAAUGCAGGUUUGUCAGAAAAAGAAGAUAGUAAAACUAUACAGUUUCAUCACCCAUAUUUUAAAAGAGAUGCUCCUGAACUACUGAAAAAGAUUAGGAGAAAGCCACCGAAAUCCAACGAAGCACAAAGUGUAAUUGGAUCCGAUGAGUUAAAUGACGCCCUCAAGGAAGUGAGGUACCUUCGUGGGCGGCAAUCAAGUGUCGAUUCUCAGCUAUCUGCAAUGAAACAAGAAAAUUCUGUUCUGUGGCGAGAGUUAGCAUUACUCAGGCAGAAGCAUGUGAAGCAACAGCUGAUAGUGAACAAGCUUAUACAAUUUCUGUCUACAAUGGUCAGUCCAACGACCUCACAAAGAAUGGGAGUAGUUAAACAAAGUAGCAAACUAAUGUUGAAUGAAAGUUUCUCAAAGAAAAGACGAGUUUGCAGGAAUAGUCAAAGUACUGAUGAUGGGGAAACUACAAUUCAUGAAGCCGAUUCUUUGGCUGAACUAUCUCCUGAACAGUUGAUUGAAGAGGCAGCUAUGGAAGAUGAUACUCCAGUAAUUAAUUCUCCGGGAUCUGAAACCUUGACAGUUGCCUCGAAUGUAGAAAGUUCAACAUCUGAAACUACCUUUUGGGAUAAACCAGACGUUGUGACUAUUGAAGAUGCAAUUCAACUGGCAGAAAAUGAAGAAGAUAUCAUAAACAACUUACAGGAAAAUGCUGGAAGUAAUCUUGAUACUCUUGGCAGGCCUAUGUCACCUGCAAUGUCCAAUAUAAAUGGUUCAGUCGGAAAAAAUAUAACAAAUGCUAAAACCAAUUUAAGCAAAAGCCAGGUUUCCGCGUCGUGUUGUACGCCCGACAUACAAGUAACAACCAAAAAGAUUUCCAAUAGGGGCAAUCUAAAUCUGCAUUUGGAUAAUACCCGAUGUGAAUUUAACGAGUUAAAGGACAUAAUAUUGGAUGGAUGUCGCAUAUUGGACAGUAAUACUUUAUUUGGGCUGUUUAAUGGCAAUGCGCUUAGUCCUGAAAUAGGAACUGUUUCGCAGAACAAUAUUUCAAUGAUGGAAAAAGCUAAUCCUAUGGUUUCUGGAAUUGAACAACAGGCCUCCACAAAUAACUUAUUAGAUUUUAACGAACUACUUGAUGAAGAUAUUGAUAGUCAGCGUUCGGCAACAUUGUCUGAUGACUCCUGCUUGGAUACUUCUUCUGUGCCGAAUACCCAAUCAUCUAGUUUGAAUACACCUUCAAUUGGUAAAAUCGAACCCAAAUUUCCAAUUGCAUAAAUUUGUAUGGAGUAAUGUAUAUGAUACAUAGUAUUUCCAAAUUAAAGACAUUUGUCUAGGACUAUUUAAAAAACUACUGAAAAUAUAUGUUUAUUAUUUUUUUAUUUUUGUGUUUUUUAUUUCCUUACAAUAUACAUAAUAGGAUGAAACCCAUAAAAUAAAACAAACAUUUUAUGUAAGGUGAAAUAUAUUUUUUUUUUAAAUAAACCUACUAAUUAACAAAAAAAAAACUGUUGCCAUUUUUAAAAACAAAAGUUCAAAAUUCAAACAUCACAUAAUAACUCGGAAUACAAUUAAUUUUCUUACGUGGUUAAGAUUUUCUUAAAGCCUAACAGUUGAUGUCCCUUUGUUCCUAAAAAUCUGCUAUUUUACUUCAUUUAUACACAUUUAUCCAUAAUGGGAGUUAAUAAAUAAAGAAAUAUUUUAAAAAAACAUAUCUAAGAAGAAUAAGACUAAGUAUCAAGAAUUUUAUUGAUAUUUUAUAUUACAAAUCUUAUGAAGUUUAGGAUAUGAACCUUGAAAUAAUAAUAAUAGACUAUACAUGUAGACGGAUAUUUCACUAAAUAGAUUAUUAAUUAAUUUAUAAUAAGUUUUCGUAGCAAACUUGCGCUACUGUACAAAAAAAAAAAUAUGUAAAUUAUAUGUUGAGAGUUUGACCACCUAAACCU